CCCUCACUGUUUAGAAAGCCGGGUAUUUGUGUUCAUCGCGCACCUCGGACGAUAAUAUUUAUCUUCAAGAUAUAUUAAUCAUUUAUUUAUUCUAAUUCAUAUUCUAAACUGGAAUAGACCUUGCGUGGUCGAUUAAAGUUCGUCUUAGGAAUCAAAACCCAUCGAGCCUCGAUGAGAAGGGAUUUCUACAGGCUUCUAGACCGGAUCCCUCAAGUAGACCUUCCCUACAUCCAUCUCUACACGACGGAUUUCGACCUCAACAUUGGAAUAAAUCUCAAGAAGAAUUCGCAUUUCGGAUUAUAAAAUGCUUCUAUCGAAAUUCAACACAUUUGCUCACAUUUCCACCGUGGACAUGCCGGCAAAAAUCCAGCUUCAAGUUAAGGAGAAAGAGCCGUUCGACAAGGUGUAUCAGGUCGGCUCCGUGCUGGGAAGCGGCGGUUUCGGAACGGUGUACGCGGGUUUAAGGAUCGCCGAUGGCUCGCCGGUUGCCAUCAAGCAUGUUGCAAAAGAUCGUGUGACUGAAUGGGGAGAGCUGCCCAAUGGCGCGCGCGUCCCGAUGGAGAUUGUCCUGUUAAAGAAGGUCGGCACUGGAUUCCGUGGCGUGAUCAAGAUGCUUGACUGGUACGAGCGACCGGACAGCUUCAUUAUCGUCAUGGAAAGACCGGAGACCGUCAAGGACUUGUUUGAUUUCAUCACGGAGAAGGGCGCGUUACCGGAGGAGCUCGCCAAGAACUUUUUCCGCCAGGUUCUGGAAGCAGUGCGUCAUUGCCACAACAGCGGCGUCGUGCACCGUGACAUCAAGGACGAGAAUAUUCUUAUCGAUCUACGAACCGGUGAUCUGAAGCUCAUCGACUUUGGAUCUGGGGCAUUACUCAAAGACACCGUUUACACCGAUUUCGACGGUACACGUGUUUACAGUCCACCAGAGUGGAUCAAAUUUCAUCGUUACCACGGUAGAUCUGCGACCGUGUGGUCUCUGGGCAUCCUGCUGUACGACAUGGUUUGUGGGGACAUCCCAUUCGAGCAGGAUGAAGAGAUUGUACGUGGGAAGGUGCUGUUCAGGCGGAGAAUCUCAACAGAGUGCCAGCAGCUUAUCAAGUGGUGCCUGGCCCUCCGCCCUGCAGAACGCCCUUCUUUCGAGGACAUAAUAAACCACCCUUGGAUGCAGAACACGGCGCCCCCCAUGGACAACAGUGAGAUCAGACUGCACAGCAUCAACCAUGAGCAUCAGCCCGCUGCUUUCCCGGCAGUCACUGUGUGCAAAUGACUCUGUCUGAAAGCACAUGUAGAGACUUUUCAUUACAGCAGCAAACCACCCAGGGGACCUGCAGAUUGAGCAGUGCAAAAAAAACACUUGUUAUUCUUUUGUUUUGAGCAUUGCUGCUAGGUGGGAGGUCAAGGCUCCUGCCCCCCUGUGACUCAGGGUCCCGUAAGUCUGGCUCGUAGUAACCAAAUGACUGUCAACACUGCUGUUGGACACGGGUAGACUGAGGAGCCCAUCUCAGCCGGUGUAGGGAGCAGCUCGAAGACGUCCCACACAGUGUCAGCGAGGAGUCGUGCUGUGAUGAGGGCCGAUCUGCUGCAAUGGGCAGCUUUAGUGCGCCGUCAGUGCUGUUCCUUUAGGAAAAAGAUCAGCUGAGCUUAAUAAUUUUAGUGCCUUCUGUGCAAGAUCAAGGUUUUUUUUUUUUUUUGGAAAUACUUGAAUUGAGUAAUAGCCACUGUAACACUGUACUCCUUAACCAGAUGUCUUUUUUACCUUCUUGCUUCCACUUUGCCCUCAUUGGGCAGGUAACUGUCGGUCUUACUCUAAAACUUCAGAGAGAGUAACCAAAUCGACCUCACAAACCUCUGCAGAAAGAAAAGUCUUACCUCACUCUUUUAAACCACGGUUUCUUUUUCCUCUUUCUUUUUUACUGAGUAACACUCAACAACUACCACUCAUUGUCACAGAUGCACAAAGCAAUGCAACUACAACUUAAAAGACUACAUUUUCUGCAUAUUAUUUUUGUUUAUAUUGUAAAUAGCUCGGUCAGAUGAAUCAAUUUCCGUGACGAGGCUUAUGUGUAAAUUAUAUUUAUUGGAGUGUCUUAUAAAAAAAAAAACAAGAUGAAAGUGGGAGUAUUUAUUUAUUUAUUUAUAGAGAAGCAAAGUUUUGCUCAUUCCACCACCGAAGGGCCCACAAAUUAUUUAAAUGUAUUUUUACCAUAUUUAAAGCCUUUUUUGAGAACGAUAUGUACAUAUGUUGUAAAUAAUCUUCGAAAGCACUUCUGUUUCUCGAUGCAUGGAGUACUGCUGAUGGUAAACCCUACCAGUCUGAAGUCAUGUUUGUCACCUAAUUUAAAUCGUCUGCUGUGCAUAUGUUGGAGGAAAUGACCUCAUGAAUGUUUGAGGAGCGAGUGAUUUUUACAGGGUUUCUUUUUCACCUUUAGUAGACAUGAUUGCAACUCAGAUUUAGUUUUUCUGAUUUAGCAAUGUAAAUUAUGUUUAGAAAGCUAUUUUUUUACACAAUUGUCAAUAAAUAUUUUUUUAACAUUCA